AUGCCGCGGCGCGGUACAGAGAUAGUGCAGCUGCCCUUGCCUCCUAAAAAGAAAACAAAGACCGUGGAGGAGGCCCCGAGUCUAGAUGCUAGUUUUUGUGACGAUGAGGCUUUGCCCCCUGGAAUUGUAUUCACCGAUGUGUUACAGAAGAAAUGGCGCAUAGGAAAACCUAUAGGCAGAGGCAGUUUUGGCAGAAUUUACUUGGCCUCAGACGACGUGGACAAAGAAGUCACAAAGUUAAAUGCUAGAUAUGUUGUUAAGAUAGAACCACAUACGAAUGGGCCACUGUUUGUGGAGAUACACUGUCUCAUUAGAACUGCACAAUCAUCACAAGUUAGGGAAUGGCGGCAACAAAAAAAACAAAAACGCUUUGGAAUGCCUGUCUAUAUUGCAAGUGGAUCAUUCACAGACGAAAACACAAAUACAAAGUACAGGUUUCUUGUACUACCACGCUAUGACAUAGACCUCCAGAAAAUUAUCUCUAGGACCAAAGUCUUAGAUCUUAAAAAUGUCCUAGUACUUGCAAUACAAAUACUAGAUGUUUUAGAGUACUUACACAAUCAAGGAUACACUCAUUCCGACAUCAAAAGUUCCAAUCUGAUGCUUGGUUUUGACGGCUCAAGAAUUGGCAAAGUCCCUGUUGUGAGACUUAUACCCUCGUUCCAGAAAGAUACGAAAGAAGUUGCCGUAUUGUCAGGUAAACACAGAAGAGCUAAAGCAACUAAAUCAAGAACUUCUAACUACUAUGAUGACGAAGACUUCAUUAUCAAAGACUACAAAAGUCCUACCAAUUCAGAAGAUAAUACGGAUAACGAUAAAAGGCUUGCUAGUGUCAAAAAGAAGUUAAGGAAAAUUCUGUCAGAUAGAGACAGUAGAACCUUGCAUAGACAUCACGCAUUUAACCUAAGACAGUUGUCUAAUUGUGUUAACUAUUCAGAUUUAAACAGCUCUGUUUGCUCAGAUCAGUCAUAUCAGAAACUGUUGGAUGAUUUUGGUGAUAAAAGCCUUAUUCGUACUACAAAAGAAUUUCAGGAGGAAUCAAGGAAACGAAAUUCUAGAGACAAAGGCGAUGCAGAUCAUCUAAAUGAGAUUUAUCAAGAAGCAGUCCUUUCACAGUCAAAUGGACAAAUAUAUUUGUUAGACUAUGGAUUGGCAUCAAAGUUCUUAGAUUCUGAAGGACGGCAUAAAGACUUUACCAUGGAUGCUAGAAAGGCACAUGAUGGAACACUAGAAUAUAGUUCAAGGGAUUCCCAUAUAGGAGCUCAUUCGAGAAGAUCAGACCUCGAAACCCUGGGUUACAAUUUACUUGAUUGGUUAACAGGAACCUUGCCUUGGAAGACAACUGAAGUGUUGUCUGAACCUGAUUUAGUUCAUGCUUUGAAGAAAAACUUUAUGAAUGAUAAAAAAACGCUUCUCAAAACGUGUUUUAAGACUGAAUUCUACCCUCAGUUUAUGGAAAAAUAUCUAGAAUACAUCACAAGCCUGGACUUUAAGGAAAAACCUGAUUAUGAUUACUGUAGAAGUUUGUUUAGAAGUGAAUUAUUGAAAAACGGUUGUACUAGUGAUAAAGAAAUGUCUUUGAACUUCAUUGAACCAUCUCUCUCUCCAAUGAGUCGUAACAAACUAUGCUAUUCAAAGAGAUUCGGAAGAAAAAAUACACCCCCUAAUUUCCUCGCGAGAAAUGGAAUCAAGAAAGCGUUCGAAAGAGAAAAUGUUUGUUCUUUUGAAAACGAUUUAAAGUUAGAACUUUUGAAACAGACGCUAAACACUUCUAGUGACGGCAUCAGAAAACCAUGCGCUUCUAGAAACUUCUUUAUAUCUGACGCUGAUUUAGUAGCCCGUCUAAAAAAGUCGCUUAUGCCGCACGAUAUUUUCGGCAAGAAGCUAUCUCCUAAAAACUUGCGUUCUAAAAAGAAACCAAUUAAAAAGCGUCGGGGUGUGAAAACUCACAGAAACAGUAUUGGUAAGUUCGGUAACUUUAUGGGAUCGGCAAGGCAGUUUACGUGGGCUGAAAUUUUAGCUGGCAACCCAGAGGAUAUAAUUCGAAAAGAACGCAACGCAGCAACGGGAACCACAGAGUAUGACGACGAUGAAACCUGCAAGUAUAGGAUCAGAAAAUUAUCGGAUGCUUCUGAAAGCAGUGAUUCUCAUUUGCAGUCACCAUUGAUGCAGAAGGAUUAUCUUCAAGAUGUAAAUUUGACUUAUGCAAUGAAGGAAGUGUUAGCGUCGUUUAAACGAAAGGUUUCAGGCAAGCCUAAAGAACCAGAAGAACCAGUAGAAGGAUUAGAGGGGUACACACCUGCUAUGAUUAAAGUGCAUAAAAUCAAAGAGAAAAGGGAAGCAAAGGAGAGGCUAGAAGCUUUGAAACAGCAGGCAACUGCUAAAAAAGAAACUGUCCAGGCUAAACCAAGAGGUAAAAGGUCUACUAAAGCCAAGCCUACUCCAAUACCCAGUUCAAGAGUUACAAGACAAAGAGGUAGUGCGGAAAGCUGUAAAUCAGUAGAAGUCGAAGAAGUUAUUCCUAAGAGUAAUAGUAAAACUAAAUCUAAAAGUAAUAAGAGAGUUGCAAAUAAAAAGCAAGAAAUAGAAGAAGACAAAGAAUUGCCCGUAGAAAGUGUGAUGUCAACACCUAGGUUCAAGAUACCAAAAAAAACACCAUCAAGAACUCGUAGCACUCCAGUUAUAAACAACAGAAGGAGGUUAAGGAGCAGUAAACGCAAAAAACAAUAA